CGGCAAACUGAUACCACUUAUUUCUAGCAUUGAUGCAUCUCAUCUCUUGUGUUCAAUGAUGGUGCGGCUAUUUCAAUGUUCCGUACUAGUCUCUCUAUAUGUGCUGUCAACUGGACUGUAGAUUAACUAGUCUUAGCCAACGAUAAAUCUCGUGGAUUGGCAUUACGUGUGGACAAUCCGCUAAACUCAUCAAUAUCGCCUUUACUUUCUCUGGCUAUAUUCACUCAAGAUUAGUGGCAGCAUCGUCGCAUAGUAAACCCGAGUCAUUUAACCCCGCAUCUUCGGCUUGAUACGGGUCAGCAUCCAUCUCACAUACAAAGUUCAAGACUUCGGUUGGGAAGAAUAAUUUGAGAGUAAAAUGCUUUUUAGAUUCCGGGAGAAUCAUAACAUGGGCAUUCCUUUGGGUCGGUAAGAUUGAUUACCAUGAACAAGGGGAACUUACCCCAAAUCCAAUUCGUAAUAGAUUCUCGUCAGAUGGUGGCAUUGACUGCAAUCUUGCCAAAGGCUUGUCAUCAAGCAACUUCUACACUUUAUCGCUGCAACCGAUCCAUACCGUUGAUCAGCAAUUGCAUAUCCCACAAACAAAGAAUUGUUCAGGCUACAAGACAAUCCUUUCCGGUGCGUGCCAUGUCUUCUGUAGGAACCUUCGAGCAAAAGCUCAAAGCACUAGAGGAGCUAUCUGCAUGUGAUAUCUCAGAUGCAUUAUUGAAAUUGCAAAAUGUACCUCCGGGUGGGCAGCCAAGAGCCGGCCAACUUGCCGAUAUCAGCCCCAUUUCUCCUUACAUUGGCCGCCAGGCUGGCAAACAAAAAAUUAUUGCUCCAGCCGUGACCUUCCAAUUCAUUCCCAAAGGCGACCCUUCUCCAAGCGUAGAGAAUCCAGAAGCUAAUGGAUUCCCGCCUGGAAAGCACUGGGUUGACUGGAAUGAACGGGGAACUGUUGCGGUCCUGAAUCAGCCGCCCGGCCAGUACUGUGCCGUCCUCGGAGGAAUUAUGGCCGCAAGAAUGUCGUAUUUGGGUGUCAAGUGUGUUGUUGUGAAUGGAAGAGUAAGAGAUCUAGCAGAGCUAAGUGCUUCUGGGUUACACGUGUGGUCGAAAGCAACAACAACCGUAGGUACCGGAGCAGAAGCGAAAGCGGGUCUACGAAAUGUCCCGAUUGACUUCAAUGGGGUUACCGUUAAGACCGGUGAUAUCGUUUUCUGCGACCCACUAGAGGGAGUUGUCGUCAUCCCACAAGAACUUCUUGAUGAUGUCCUAGAGCUUUGCCCAAAGCUUAUAGAUCAAGAUGAGAAGGUCAAGGCGGACGUUGAAAAUGGGUUGUCAGUCUUCGAAGCCAUGCAGAAACACCGUAACAUAUAAUCUAGCGUCGAAUGUACAGUGGAGUAUCAGCUGAAAAGAGCUCCUGUAUUGGUAUCUUUCACAAUAAAUAGAAACAGAGCAGAGCUAGCAUGAAUAAUGAAA